AUGUCACCAAUGCCGGUGGCUUAUUUCCUGCCGAUUAUCCUUCGGGAAGGAUUGGAGGCUUCCCUGGCACGGGCUCAAUGCUUGACCGCCCCUCCCCAUAUCCCCGCUUGCAUUGUGAUGAUGGUCUGCGGCUAUCUUGGGGACAAGUACCGGAUUCGGUCUCCUAUGCUUGUCUUCUACUGUUGGGUGCCGAUCAUCGGUCUUUCGCUGGUCUCAUGCAUGUCACUGCUUAUUCUCUUGUCGAUCGCAAUGGGCAUGCUCUUCCACCAUAAGAACAAACAGGCCGAUGAGAAGGGUAUUGGAAUUGUGGGGUGA